UCUGUAGAAUGCCUCCGGGAAGACUUUUGAGAUCAACUACAGCCGGGACCGCUUCCUCAAGGAUGGCCAGCCGUUCCGCUACAUCUCAGGAAGUAUCCACUAUUCCCGCGUGCCUAGAUUCUACUGGAAGGACCGGCUGCUGAAGAUGAGGAUGGCAGGGCUGAACGCCAUCCAGACGUAUGUGCCCUGGAACUUUCACGAGCCCCAACCUGGACAGUACCAGUUUUCUGAGGACCAUGAUGUGGAAGGUUUUAUUCAGCUGGCUCAUGAGCUGGGACUACUGGUCAUCCUGAGGCCUGGACCCUACAUCUGUGCAGAGUGGGACAUGGGGGGAUUACCUGCUUGGCUGCUAGAAAAAGAAUCCAUUAUUCUCCGCUCUUCUGACCCAGAUUACCUUGCAGCCGUGGACAAGUGGUUGGGGGUCCUUCUGCCCAAGAUGAAACCUCUCCUCUAUCAGAAUGGAGGGCCAAUUAUAACAGUGCAGGUUGAAAAUGAAUAUGGCAGCUACUUUGCCUGUGAUUACAACUACAUGCGUUUUCUGAUGAAGCUCUUCCGCCGCCACCUGGGUGACGACGUGGUCCUGUUCACCACUGAUGGGGCACAUGAAAAAUUCCUGCAGUGCGGGGCCCUGCAGGGCCUCUACGCCACAGUGGACUUUGGAGCAGGCAACAACAUCACAGAAGCUUUCCUAGUCCAGAGGAAUUGUGAGCCCCAAGGACCCUUGAUCAAUUCUGAAUUCUAUACUGGCUGGCUAGACCAUUGGGGCCAACCUCAUUCCACAGUCAAGACCAAAGCAGUGGCUUCCUCCCUCUAUGAUAUGCUUGCCCGUGGGGCGAAUGUGAACUUGUACAUGUUUAUAGGUGGAACCAAUUUUGCCUAUUGGAAUGGUGCCAACUUACCCUUUGCAGCACAGCCUACCAGCUACGACUAUGAUGCCCCACUGAGUGAGGCAGGGGACCUCACUGAGAAGUAUUUUGCUCUGCGAAAUGUUAUCCAGAAGUUUGAGAAAGUACCAGACGGUCCCAUCCCUCCAUCCACACCAAAGUUUGCAUAUGGAAAAGUUGCUCUGAAAAAGUUAAAGACAGUGGAGGCAGCUCUGGACAUCCUGUGUCCCUCCGGGCCCGUAAAGAGCCUUUAUCCCUUGACUUUUAUCCAGGUGAAACAGUAUUUUGGGUUUGUGCUGUACCGAACAACACUUCCUCAAGACUGCAGCAACCCGGCACUUCUCUCCUCCCCCUUCAACGGAGUCCAUGAUCGAGCCUAUGUCGCCGUGGAUGGGGUCCCCCAGGGAGUCCUUGAGAGAAGCAGUGUGAUCGCUCUGAAUAUCACAGGGAAGGCUGGAGCCACUUUGGACCUUCUGGUAGAGAACAUGGGACGUGUGAACUAUGGCAAAUAUAUCAAUGAUUUUAAGGGUUUGGUUUCUAACCUGACCCUCGACUCCAGUAUCCUCACGGGCUGGACAAUCUUCCCACUGAACACCGAGGAUGCAGUGCGCAGCCACCUGGGAGGCUGGGAUGGCCAUGAUGGCAACUGCCAUGAUAAAACCUGGGCCCGCAGCACAUAUAACUACUCGCUCCCAGCCUUUUAUGUGGGGAACUUCUCCAUUCCCACUGGGAUCCCAGACUUGCCCCAGGAUACCUUUAUCCAGUUUCCUGGAUGGACUAAGGGUCAAGUGUGGAUUAAUGGCUUUAACCUUGGCCGCUAUUGGCCAGCGCGGGGCCCCCAGGUGACCUUGUUUGUGCCGCAGCACAUCCUGAUGACCUCGGCCCCAAACACCAUCAUGGUGCUGGAACUGGAGCGGGCCCCCUGCAGCGGCGAUGGCCUCGAAAAGUGUGCUGUGGAGUUCGUGGACACACCAGUUAUCAACACAACAGUCCCCUCUGGGGCUGGACCAUGUGUGAUGAUGAAAACCGGUGACUCGGAGGUGCUGGCCCUGCCCAUACCUCACGCGUUCUCCCUAUCGUGCCACCGUUCCCCAGAGAGCGCGGUGGGAAAAUGAACUUCGGGCGCCCGCUUUCCCCUUAGUCUCCCUUCAGCCCUUCAGUGCCUGAUCCCCGGCCUCGGGGCCACCCGGGGUGUGCGAGGGGCCCGACAGCACAGUAGCACAGAGAUGUAUCUGCAGAAUCAGAACGGAAGCUUCACGAGUGUUUCUGAUUUUUAUUUCGGAAGAAUCAUGUUGUCUUUUUGUUCAAUAAAAUUUGUACUCAAAUGA